GCUGUGUGGCGGAUGUGGGUUGUUGUCGGGAUCGCGGUGCUAUGGCUGCUGGCUCCGCUGUGCUGCUGACGCGGGCUCUGGAGGCGCUGGAUGUUGGUGGUGCAGCAGAUAAGAUUAGUUUGAUACCUCAAGACUUCUUUGCAGAACUAUGUGAGCAGAUAAUUCAACAUCUUAACCAUAAGAUCCCAGGUGUAAAUACAGUUGAACUGUGUCAGAGACUGCAGACAUCUGGGAUUGAGGUUAAUGUUGGUGACCUGGCAAAAAUAACUAACACUGUGUCCUUUUUGUUUAGCACAGCAGCCAGGAACAAUCUCUCUACGGAGGAGCUCAUCGCUGCCUUGGGCAGCACGGUCAACACGCUGCCUAAACAUGCGAUACAGGUUAUUCGUCACGUAUGGAAUGAGCAGGGCAAAUCUGUUGAUGUGUCAGAAGAUAAAGGAAAUAUGACCACAGUGGGCCAGUUUGUAGAUAUUAAAUGGAAACUGGGAGUUGCAAUGAGCUCUGACACCUGCAGGUCUCUGAAGUAUCCCUAUGUUACAGUGACACUAAAAGUAGCAGACCCCUCAGGACAAAUAACCAACAAAUGUUUUGAAAUGACAGUCCCACAGUUCAAGAACUUCUUCAGGCAGUUCAAGGAAAUGGCAGCUGUUCUUGAAACAGUUUGAACAGAACUGUUCUUGAUACUGAAAUUUCUGAGAGAUUUGUAUCAGGUAAACUUUAUGUCCUGUGCAGAGCAAAUACAUGCCUUGCUGAACACUGGCAGUAUCCUUAUCCUUUUGGUGGGUAUUUGUCACAGUCAUCCUUACAGUGCUGUGAAGUUUUCUUCGCUUCUGAAAACUUGAAGCCAAUUCUGUUUAUAAAAGUGGUCGGCUUUGUUUAUCCUGAUAAACAAAAGAUCAGGCUCUGUACAGAAAAAUGUCACAGUAGGCUUUUUGCUCUCUGAGAGUGAAAAACUACAUUUAAGAAACUACACAUUUAGCUCCAGAAUACAGAAAGAUGUGAAAAUGUUAAUUUGACUGAGAAAAUACUAAGAGAAGUAUAAAUCCCACAUUAAAGUUUCGUCUGUAAAAUUGAGAUGUGGUUGGAAUCAAUAGUAAUAUUAACUGUAUGGAGUAUAUGAAAUUACACAUGGCAAGCAUACAGUUAUUCUUGAAGAAUAGCAAUGCCAAGUAGUUAGUUGCAGGUAUUUGCACACCAGGCUUUCAGUUUUCUUUUAAAUGGAAUAUGCACUUGUUCUAAUGGCUUGACUAUUUUGAAUACUUAUUUCUCAACACCCAGACUUCUGAAAAUUAAAUUUCCCUGGAAACCUACUUUUUUCUCCAAAAUGAAGCCUGGAGGUUAGUUUUAAAUAUAGGAAGAAAGUUGAAAUUAAUUCCAGAGCAUUUUAAUGUGUUUUUUCCUUUGUAUUUAAUCCAGCUCUAAUCUGUGGCACUCUGCUUGAUGUUCUUCGUAGCAGCCUGAUUUCUGAUUAAAUUAAAAUAUUGAUGUGGCUGCCUCACUCUGUGCUCUGAACUAGAAAAACUGGGAAGAGGCUUAAAAGUUCAGGCUAGUGCAUUAAUCAUACACAUCAGAGAAAUGACUAUACUGAAAGUCAACAAGUGUUUGGCAGGAGUCUGGUGGACUGCGUUGCUUUCUCACGCAGAAAAUGUCCUAACCAGAAAAAUUUUGACUUUGAUUCUGAAGGUGAAUGGGGACAUUUUCAAAGGGAGAGUGAUAAAUGGUAGUAUGCUUGCAUUUCAUUUUUUUCUUCUGUUUAACCUUUAGAACUAGAAGUAUAGCAGGGUCUUUAAAAAACACUACUGUUGCAUUUCAAGACUUGCUGGUAAUGUAGUAAGGCAGAUAAAUCUGAAGAGAGACAAUUCACGCUGAUAAGCUGCUGGAAUUUAUGCUGUGGCUUCAGACUAAGAAGCAGUGUUGUUGGGACGGAUCUUUACAUAAGAACAUCUGCCUUUCUAAUGCACGUAAAUAGUUUAGUAACUUUUCUUAGAAGCUGGCUGAACAUCAGUGAUGCAAGUUAUGCCCACUUUUGUCUCAUGAAAAUGGACUGCAACACAGAGCAGACUGCAGUCCUUCCUAUAGAGAUACACUCCCACUCUGUAAGCAUUAUGCAUAGUACAUAAAAACAGUACUUGGAGUUACUUACAUCUCAAAUAAAUGAAACGUUGUCUUUAACAAAAGACAGUAGAAGCUUUGGCCAUCCUUCCUCUGUGCUGCAGAAGUCAAAGGUAUUUGCUUCAUGUCUGGGGAGAGCAGAAUGUUGUUCUGUUGACUGUGUCAGUAGAGUGCCACAGGAUGGCAAACUGGAAGUCUUAUCCUCAGACCUUUUCCCUUAUCAGAUUACAAGGUUUGAAUGUGGUGCAAAAAAUCAUCUCUGUGUUUGGAAAAGUGAUAGGAGCAGAUGAUAUUUUUCACUGUUUACUUUUUUUUUUUUUUUAAGUUGAAAUGUAGGGCUUCUGUAGCCAGAAAAUAUUGUUGUGCUGUGGCCUAGUGAAUUAAUUGGUUUUAAUCACUGUAAGAAUUCCAGAACUUCUUGUUGUUGGUGGUGCUUUUAUUUUGUAAAGCUAGAGCAUUACAAGUACUUCCAUUUGUUCUAGUGCAUUUAAGUUUUUCAGAUAGCUGGAAAUAUUUGUGCCUUCUCUAGAACUGGAUGGAAGAUUUCAUUAAUAAUGUCUUAGCUUCUAGAAACAGCAGUUUAGUACAUUCUGAAAGAUAGUGAGGAAAAGUUCAGUUAUCAUUCUUGUUUGGCCCAUAACCAAGGGGCAAAAAAAAACCCCCAAAAACAAAAACACCAGCUUCUGAAGAGUAUAACUGUUAUGUUUUUUCAAAUUAUAUGUUCCAGAUGUACUAAUGAAUGUUUUUGAAGCAUCACUGCACUCUUAUCAAGUUGGAGGGCUGGGUGGAAAUUGCCUAGGCAUGUGUGAUACACCAGCACAACUGUCUGACAAUUUUGAGGUGUUUAUGGACACCUAGGAGAUGUGAUUAAAAGCUGGCUCUGUACUCAAACUUGGAGGUUUGUCCUGAUCAGUAUCUGUAGGAAUUCCUAUACUGAGUAAUGGAAGAACUACGUAUUGUAUUUUAAAAAACGAAUACUUGGCAGGGUAGCAAUAUGAACGUGUUCAAACAAGCUCUUGAAUUGUUUGUUGGUAUGUGCAGGAGCCAAAUAUUUUCAAAGAGAAUCGGAUGUUCCUGAUGUGUUCCUAAUUCUACUUGUUGAUUGAGACAAAAUAGUUUAACACAAAUAUUUUUGUAAAUUCACAAACAUUCAUUAAACAUGGAGGUAACAAAAAUAAAA